ACUUGGGGAGCUUGGCUGGAACAGAAAAUGUCCAGAGCUGGAACUAAGGUCACCUUCUAUGAAGACAAGAAUUUCUUGGGCCGUUGCUAUGAGUGCGAUGGUGACUGCCCCGAUUUUCACACCCACCUGAGCUGCUGCAACUCUAUCCGGGUGGAUGGAGGCACCUGGGUGGCCUAUGAGAGGCCAAACUUUGCUGGGAACAUGUAUGUUCUGACCCAUGGGGAGUAUCCUGACUACCACCACUGGAUGGGCCUCAAUGACCGCCUUGGCUCCUGCAAAUCUGUCCCCAUGCCGGGUGGAAGCCAGGGCCACAUCCAGGUUUUUGAGAAGGGAGAUUUUGGUGGGAAGAUGUUUGAAGCCACCGAAGACUGCCCUUCUGUCAUGGAGGAGUGGCACAUGCGUGAGGUCCAUGCCUGCAGAGUGCUGGAAGGUGUCUGGGUGUUCUAUGAGCACCCCAACUACCGGGGCAGGCAAUACCUGCUGCCCCAGGGCGAGUACCACAAGCCCGUGGCCUGGGGAGCAGCCAGCCCUGCCGUCCAGUCCUUCCGCAGCAUCUCCCAGUGA